UAAGCGGUCACAUUUAUCUCUGAUUUUAACGAUAAACAGAUUCCAAUUCUAUAUAAGCAGAGCCAUUAACAAGCGAUGAUCCCUAGUGCACGCUCACAACAGAAAAGCUCAACCAAGAUGUUCCAAGUAAUCAUCUUUACGUUAUUGAUCGCGGCCGGGGCGCAUCGUGGAGUCCAAGCGGAUCUUUUCGAGGAUACAUUCGACUUGAGUAGUGAAGAAUCGAUUGCAGCUUCGAUGGAUGUUGCUUUUGGCGAAUAUAGAAGUGAACUCGGACCUCUUCUCCAUGGACCGGUGGAGAAUCUACUAGAAGCUGCUGUCGCAAUGCGAUGUGCCAACAGAGAUUCACCCAGUUUCUCACAAAUCUUCUACGAUGAUCCAAGUACUUGGGAGGAGUUUGAUGUAACAAAACCGAUAACCAUCAUAGUCCAUGGUUGGUUGGAUGAUCCGGACAAUGUUUGGGUUCUACAAACUGCACAUGAACUUCUGAAAAUCCACGAUAACACCGUAUGUGUGGUGGAUUGGAAGUAUCGAGCUCGCUACAACUAUCGGCAAGCUGCUCAAGAGCACACGCCGUUUGUAGCUGAUUUUAUAACAAGGCUAAUUUUGUUUACGCACAAUGGAGGAAUUCCAUUUGAAAAAUUUGUCCUUAUCGGUCACAACUUGGGUGCUCACAUUUGCGGCCAAGUCGGGUGGAAUCUUGGUGGAAAAAUUGGUGAAAUUUAUGGAUUGGACCCAAAUGGACCUCUGUUUGAGUAUCCCGUGGAUCGUGGACUGGAAUUGCGUUUGGAUAGUACUGAUGCGGUGUAUGUACAAAUUAUUAUCACCACAAAAACUGAGCUGGGAUUACUUUUCGGUCAAGGACACGAUAAUUUCUAUCCCAACGGUGGACUAUCCGCCAAAAACUGUCCACUUCCAGAUACAACGUCACAGGAGUUGACCAUCCGCAUAGCUUGCAGUGAGUGGGAAGCUACGGAAUAUUUCCGACAGUCAUUGGAUCCUACUAAUAUUUACGAAGGCAGACUAUGCUCAGAUUGGCUAUCAUUUUUGGCUCAUCGAUGUGAUGUCAAUGAUGCUAACAUUUUGGGUAUUUACAGCCACAGAGUGGGUGGCCAUUUCUAUUUGAUCGCAGAUCCUAUUCUCCCCAAUUAUCCUGCAUUCAGCAGCCAUGCACACUAGCAGCUUUCUUAAAGGAUAACUCACAAAUAUUCAUCGA